AUGGGUCGCUCGCGUGUACUCUCGUUCAUAUCCACCUUUGGAGCGCCCAAGAACAAUGACUCCGGCAAAGACAGUCGAAAGUCGUCCAACAACGUGACCCCCUCCCAGACCCCGCCACGCUGGCAGACGCCCUCGCCCGAUACCCCGUCCCCUCCCUCUGAACUAUCGCAGGUCAAUGGUCCGACUCAACGAGGUGACGGCUUCGGCUCGCGUCCGGCUUCGAUGAUCUUCUCCCGCAAUCCGCCGUUGAUGACCCAGGCGGAGGAUACCCCACCGGAGCUGUCACCGAUCUUCUCCUAUCUCAACAUUCACACCAACAAAGUCUACCACGAGGGCUACUUCUUGAAACUGAAUGACCAAGACAACCACGGGCGGCCAUGCGCCGAUCGGCAGUGGACAGAAUGCUAUGCUCAGCUAGUAGGCACCGUGCUUUCCCUCUGGGAUGCUGCUGCGCUGGACGCGGCAGGUGGUACGGAUGUCCCCGCGACUUACAUCAAUUUAGCCGAUGCAUCAAUCAAGAUGAUUGAGACUCUUCCAAUCCGGAAUGGUGCCGUUCAACCAUUAAAGAACGUCGUCAGCGUCUCGUCUGCGGGGAGAAAUCGCUAUCUGAUGCAUUUCAAUUCCUUCCACUCAAUGACCCAGUGGACCGCCGCUAUCCGCCUCGCCAUGUACGAACACACUUCUCUCUACGAAGCCUACACUGGCUCCCUGAUUGCCGCCAAGGGGAAAACGCUUCCUGGAAUCCAGGGCAUUUUAGCCCCCUCUAAGUUUCGCCAUGAAGACUGGGCACGUGUGCGAUUUGGCGCGGGCACGCCGUGGCGGCGAUGCUGGUUUGUGAUCAACCCUCCUGAUGAGAAGGAGGUCCAGAAGGCCCGAAAGGCGAUGAAGAAAUCCGCCUACGAUCGCCUGUCAAUUCCCAUCACGGGCAGUAUUAGCUUCUAUGAGACAAAGAAAACCAAAAAGGUUACUCCGAUCGCAACAGUGACCCACGUCUACUCGGCGUAUGCGAUAUAUCCUCAGUCCAAGGCGCUAAUCGAUCAAUCGACUUUGGUGAAAAUGGAAGGUCAGGUCACCAUGCAUGCAGAUCGCCAGACGGCAGAGGGCAUGGUGUUUGUCAUGCCUGAGCUGCACGCAGCCGUUUCAGGACUCGAGACGAUGCUCCGAUUCCUGUUCCCCACGUUCGACACCUUCAACCUGUAUGGUCGCCCAACACGCCUUGUGGCCGACACCAAUCACAUCAAGAGUAUCAUGUUCGCGUUCCCAAAAGAGCGUCGAUAUGGCUACCUGGACGUUUUGGAUAUUGUCAAUCUUCUUCAGAUUCCGGGAAGUAUGAGUUGGAAUGAGGCACAGUGGAGGAGACAGCUGAAGGAGGCAACGCAGAAGCGAAUGUCCGCUGGUAGAAGCAGAACAAACAGCGUGAAUAGCUCUCGGCCUCGUUACCGCACCAGCAUCUCCACCCACCAUGGUGAUAUCCCCACUGAUCCAUCUCGUCGUACAUUCGCUGGCCCCGAAUCCAAACCCGAGUUCAACCACUCCACGGACGCUGUCAUCCACGAGACUCCUAGGAACGAACCUCUUGGAUACCACACCCGGGGAAUGUCCGACACGACUGGCUUCCAAACCGUACACCGGCCCGGGCAUGAUUCAUUGACUGAAAGCUCCCCCGAUUCGUCUGCUCAGGAUCUAGUGCACCGCGACAGAGCCCAAGCUCUGGCCGGACCCAUCGCCGAACAUACUAGCUUUGAGGGAGAACGAAACAUGAUUGAACCAAGGCACGCUGCCCAUUUUGCAGAGCCUCCACCACGCACGCCACCAUCUCCUGUGACAAGUCCGCCUGCCUUUUCACAUGGCCCAAGGGCCAUGCCAACAAACAGACCAGCUGCGACUCACGAGCAGACUCUUGCUAAUAACAGGAUGUCUUUUGCUACUCUUUCGCAGCUGUCCUCAGUUGGUGCGAUGGGAAGUGUGGGUGAGGUUGCGGCUACGCUGCGUAACCAGAACUCUGAUUCCAGCAUUGGUACACAACGACCAGUUCAGGCGACCAGUCAUCCAAUGACUCCACAGACCGCUGAAUCUCAAAACUCCGCUCUUGCCCACUCUUCGAGUGAUGAAGGUCUGGGCAUUGCAUUGCCGGUUCGACAAAUGCAGACCGAACAAAGGCCACCGACCCCACGUAGUCAGGAUACGCCGCCACCUCAUCAUCAUCUGCAGAUUGACACAGCCAAGUCAGUGAGACGCAAGCCUCUACCACAGCGCCAGACUGUGGGCGCUGCGCCGCUCUCUCCUGACCCAGGCGAGCCAAGCUUCGAUGACCUUCGUCAUACCUUGGAUGAAGAUGCGCUGAACCGAAUUGCUCCUCAUCUUCCAUCACCAGUCUCUCCAACCUACACCCAGGGGGAAAGUGUGUACAAUGACGAUGCAUCUACAGUUUCUCCGGACUACGCAAGCACUCACGAGUCGGUCUACAGCAAGAAGUCGGUCAAAUCGACCAAGCCUCGGAUGGGUGUAAUGAAGACUGUCGGCCAGCCUGCCAAACAGGACCUUGUGAUUGGCGAUGCCCAUUACUCAUCUGACAAGCCACCAGAGCCCAGUUUCGAUAUUCCGACGGUCGAUUUCGGUCCUACAAUGACAUACAUGCCUACAACUGGACGCCCAAGCACUGGUGACACCCUGAGAAAGGCCUCUCAUCAGCGCAAUGAGUCGGAUGCUGAGAGAUAUCGACUUAAUGUCCCCACCAAUCCAAUGGACCGUGGACACAUGCGCUCACCGAGCCAGGAAGACCAUCACCGACGAAGUGUUUUGUGGCAGCCUGGAAUGGCAUCUGGCCGUCCCACAACUCCGGGCGGUAGUCUUACGCCAGAGCAGUUUGUGCAGCAGCGAGCUGCGGGAAGCCCACCGAUGCAUAUGCACCAUCGUCCCGGAUCUAGCGGCCAGACACCGCCACCACCACAGCGCCCGGCGUCUGGAGACUGGACUCAGCAGGCUCGGCCCAGCUCUCGAAUGACUUCCUACCAGGAUCCGUUUUAUCGCCCUUCCUCGCGUGGCGCGAACACCAUGGUGGGCUAUGGUGAUGUUUCAAACCAUCUCUCUGCCCGCGAACAGGAGCAUGUGGCCCGCAUGACUGGUUCUUCAUUUUUUGAUAUGUCGAGCAACAAUCAAAAGCCACAGCCCUCUGUGGGUGGAGGCCUUGUGUCGUCGAUUGAUGCCCGAGAGCGCGAAAAGCGGGCGAUGAAAGAAGGCAUGUCAAACCAGAUGGUCCAGCAUGCGAUUGCUCAGCGUCACCAUCAACUGGCGCAACAUCAGCAGCAGCAACAGUCAUUCGCCCCUCAGCAAUAUGUUCCUCAGACUGCCGGCUCGUUGUAUCACCCCCAAGUUGUCGCUCCGCCUCUGGCUCAGCCUCGACAGGAAUCCAUGUAUAACCUUCCGGGAGCUAGCCACACCUGGGACGCCCUUCAUCAAAUGAACCGACCCAGUGAGCCCCGUCGUCAAUCCUGGUAUGGGCAGCUCAACCAAGUGUCGUCUACACCCCCGAACUACCAGCAGAGCCAGCACCAUGCUCAGCAGGGUAACUACUAUGGCAACGUCAACUCCAUGCACCUUUAA